AAACCACGUUACACAUCAGUCUCAGGAAGGGAAGCCUAUUGCUCCACAUUGAACAAGAUCAUGUCAGUGUCCUCACAACAUGAAUCAUCUGCAACACAAAGGAAUGAUCAUCAUGUAACAAAUUCACCAAGAUCAUCAAAUGACAUGUGGAGUAAGGUCAAAUUUCUCACCCAUUAUAAACACAGGGAAGGAUGGCACGCUCCCCAAUCACUCCUGCUAUGCAUUCAUCAACUAAAUGGGACCCAGUAAUCUCAUCGUCAGUCAUAUCCGGAGCAAGCAUGGCUUCACAAAGGCAGAAAGACAGCUCGGCCGGCUAUCAGCCGGUCUUCAAAUCAUUCGCUACAGAUGCGAUCCACGUUGGUUCAGAGCCGGAGCAGUGGAACUCUAUGGCCGUAGUGCCUCCUAUUUCACUCUCUACUACCUUUAAACAACACGGACCGGGGAAACAUGCGGGUUUUGAGUACAGCAGGAGUGGAAAUCCCACAAGAAACUGUCUUGAGAGAGCAGUUGCUGCUUUGGAUGGUGCACAAUACUGUCUUGCUCUCGCCUCUGGAUUGGCUGCGACUUUGACCAUCACACAUCUUUUUAAGGCUGGAGAUGGAAUUUUGUGCAUGAAUGAUGUUUAUGGAGGAACUAACCGGUAUUUCAGAAAAAUAGCUGCGGAAGUUGGCUUUGAUAUCUCUUUUGCUGACCUCACAAAGCUAGAAGAGCUAAAAGCAGCUCUAAAACCAAAUACAAAGAUGGUGUGGAUUGAAACACCCACAAACCCUACAAUGAAGGUUGUAGACAUCAAGGGCUGUGCAGAUAUUGUCCAUAAGCACAACAAGGACAUAAUUGUUGUUGUGGACAACACUUUCAUGUCAGCCUACUUCCAGCGCCCCCUUGAACUUGGAGCAGACAUCUGCAUGUACUCUGCAACAAAGUACAUGAAUGGACACAGUGAUGUUGUGAUGGGACUGAUUUCUCUCAACCGUGAUGACAUCUAUGAACGACUGAAGUUUUUGCAGAAUGCUCUUGGGGCUGUGCCUUCUCCAUUUGACUGUUAUAUGUGCAAUCGGGGUCUGAAGACACUCCACGUGAGAAUGAAGCAGCACUUUAAGAAUGCAACGGCCGUGGCACAGUUUCUGGAGGCCGACCCAAGAGUGGACAGAGUCAUCUUCCCAGGUCUUCCAUCCCACCCUCAGCAUGAGCUGACGAAGAGACAGUGCACAGGCUGUCCUGGGAUGAUUACUUUCUAUAUCAAAGGAAAACUGGAGCAUGCCUCAACUUUCCUCAGCAGUCUGAAGUUGUUUGCACUUGCUGAAAGUCUUGGUGGUUAUGAGAGUCUAGCAGAGCACCCCGCGAUUAUGACUCAUGCUUCAGUGUCUGAGGGUGAGAGGAAAGAGCUGGGCAUCAGUGAUACGCUCAUUCGUUUGUCUGUGGGCCUGGAGGAUGAAGAAGAUAUUAUUGCAGACCUAGACCAAGCCCUCCGUGCUGCACAUCCAAAAAAGUAAGAGGCUGAUCAAGCUCAAUCAAGAUCAUUGGUACCACAUCUGGACAAGACAAGGACACUCUUCUGUGGCACAUUUAUAUUUUACUUAGUAUAUGACAGUUAUUCUAGAAAAACUUGAAAUGCAUUUGUCAGGGAACAAAUAUCCUCAAGAAACUCAUUUGCCAUCUUUUCAUUUAAAGUACAGGAGAUUUACUGCUUUUGUGUUUCUACUUUUUGUAAUUAUAGUUUGAUAAGGUAGUUGGAUUCUAAACAGGUUUCACUGCUUAAACUUUUAAUACAGGAAAAUGCCAGGACUGCAAGGGAAAUCUGAUAUAAAAUGAAAAUUUUUAUCUUUUUUAUAAGGACUGUGAUUUAAGUUAAUUCAGCAAGAAGUACAAGCAGUACAAAAGACAGUUUACACAAUCAGUCUUUUAUUUUCUGCAUCAAAGAAGAUGCAUAUAGUCACCUCGUAAUGUUUCAAAUCACUCUUCAUUGAUCAGUUUGUAUUUUAAAUACUAGGUAUUGGUUGGAGGCUUGAGCAUUUUAAACUCUAAAGGGAUCACAUCUGAUCUUUGUCUGGGCUAUCAGACCCAUUAAAAGCCAUUUGUAAUCUCUC